UACGAUUUGAUUGGUUUCAUCUUCUGAGCAUGCGCGGUCCUGGAACGGAUUCGGAACUGCCCUCAGUGUAUCCCAGGGUUACUAUCAACAACUCCGUUAGCUUACUGUAGCUAACCGCUAACCAAUACCGGUACCGUUGAAUAGCUGUGUGUUUUGUAAAGAAUCAGACAGCAGCCCAAGUCAGCAUGCUGUUAAUGUAGAUACAAUAUUAUAUAUAUAUAAUAAUCAGCAUAGGAAGCUUAGUAGCUUGCUGCUUGUUUACAGUAAACUUAGCGAACACUAGCUCACAUGCUAAUGCCAAUGAACGCCAUCAGAGGAAACUGUUUGUAGUUUUUUCCAGAAUGACAGAUCAGCAGUUCAGGACACUGGCUUACACAAAAAGCCGGAAGACAACAAGGAGAACAACAUUUCAGGAUGAACUUCAGGCUGCUGUCUCCGCCAGGGCAAGAAAUUCAAGCACAGAUCAGUACUCGUACUCUGAUGACUUCAAUGAAGAUGAAGAUGAUUUUUUUAAAGAACUCCUUAAAUCUAGAAAAAAGAAGGCUGAUGCGCUCAAGACUGGAAAGAGUAAAUCCAAAACCAACAACUUUGAGAUCUCAGAUGAUGAAGGCAAAAAUGCCACGACAAAGAGAGUUUCAUUUCUGAAAACCCAAAGAAUCAACUUUCCCUCAGAAGACACAACUGCAUCAGAGUCGCAUGAAAACAAGCCGCCAGACUCUCCCACCAGUGAACAUAACAAUUAUAAUGAGUCGUUUUCCUCACAACACUCCACAAACAUCAGUGAAGAUAACACACAAGUUAAAAGCAGUGAUGGGGAGUCUACUGAUCCCCAAAUCACAAGAGAGAGCUCAAGUAAAUCUCUGUCAUACCAAACCUCAGACGACACUCUACUGAACAUGACGCUGCCCUUACCAUCUGACAACAGUGUGACGGACACUCCAGGUCCCAAGGAUGGGAGAAACUCUGUUCUGGAAGAACGCUCUCAGACACCGCAGUUAUCAGCAGCUGACAUCAGACAAGUGUCCUCAGCAGAUGCAGAGAGAGAGCCACCAAGGCCUAAACCACGGCAAAGGACACUUGGAUUGAGCCUCCAGACUGCAGAGAAGAUAGCUGAAGAUGCUGAAUCUCAGGAUCUCAGCAGGCCCCAGACUUCAUCUGCAUCUAUUCCCCUCUCCACUGGCACAUCCAGCAACAUUGCUUGGACAGAAGGAGAUCAGGCAGUUUCAUCCAGCCUUAGCAAAUCCUAUUCGAGUAAGAGUGGGCAGUCACAGCUUUUUACCAAAUCCACGAUUGAUUCUGGAUCCAGAGAUGGCUUUAUUUCUGAUGACAGCAAAGAGCAGGAGAGACAAUAUUCCACAUCGUUUGAAGAAUCUAAUGCAGACUCAAGAGAUCAGUUGCAUCAACACCCAUCACAAUCAUUUGAUACCAGGCCAUCAAGUUCUCUCUCAAGGACCACUCCGAGAUCACAGAGUGCGUGCUCCAGGAAAGUGGAAUCUAAGUAUUUGGGAUCUCUCAAACUUCUGGAUCAUAAAGUCUUGCUACAAGAGUCUCAGCCUCAAGAAGCAGAUUCACUCAGAGCUGCUGUUUACCAGGAAUGGCUUCGGAAGAAAAAGGAAAAGUCAAGAGAGAACAUUCGGCUAAAGAAGAAAGAGGAAAUCCUUAAAGAAAACAAGAAAAGGGACGAAGAGGCUAAAAAAGAGGACGCUGUUGCAUCAUACGAGGCUUGGAAAGAAAAGAAAGCAGAGAGUCUCAAAGCAAAAGCCAAAGAAAAGCAAGACAAGAUCAGAAAAGAGCAAAGAGAGACUGAAGACAAAGAAGAGAAAAAGCAAUCUGCUAAACAGGUGUUUGAGAAAUGGAAACAUGAGCAUGACCAUCUACUCAAAGAAAAGUACAGAAAACAAAGAGAAACUCAAAGUAAACUUCACAAAACAAAGCAAGAAAAGGAGGAAGAACGAAAGAGAGAUAGCAAAUCUGCUUUUUCUGACUGGUGUGGAAAGAAGAAAGUUGUUCUCCAUGAAAAAGUCACAACAGAGCGUGAAGAAAUAAAAAAUAAAGAAGAAGAGGAGCGCUACAUGAAAGAAGAGAGAGAUAAAACGGCUUUAGAGAUUUAUGAAAGCUGGCUGGCUCGGAAAGAUCUGGAACAGAAGAGACAAAGAGAAGAAAAACGAAUACAAGAGAUUCUUCGAGACAGCCCUCCUCCUCCAUGGAGCCCUCCGAAUAAAACAAUACCAUUUAGAAAAUAAUUGAUGAAAUGUAACACACUACCCUUAAAAUAUCUUUGCGUUUGAUGUUUAAUUCUAUUAUAUUUAUAUUCUAGAUUGUAAGUUCGGUAAAAUAUGUUGUGUUUUAAAUGACAGCAGCUGUUAAAUUUUGUACAUUUUUUUCAGGUUUUGUAUUAGCCACAAGAUCUGGUACGGACGUGCUAAGUUUAUAUUUUUAUAUGUUUUUUGAUAAAAUGUUGCAGUACUGUUUGAAAGUGGGAAAAAAAAGUGUGUUCCUGUGACAAGAUGAAAGGAAACUUUCAAAAACAAAUCCUUUUUAUAGAUGUGGUGGUCCAUUAUUAUUACUCUGUCAUACAUCUGAAUGUAAAGCAGCAAUAAGACAAAUAUUACUGUAAAAGGCUAAUAUGAUUUGUCUGCUGUAUAUCUUUUAAAAAAUUACACAGUCUUAGGAGUAAUCUGUUUUCACACUCAGCUCUUAUUUUAUAGUAACAGGAUUUAAUUAGUAGAUUUAUUUAAUAUAAUGCUGAUAAUGUUUUACACUCUUUCAAUUUUUAUAUAUUUACAAAAAAUAAAAAUGUCUUUCAGGAAGUGUUAUGUAGUGCAUUAAUGCAAUAAACUAACAAUUACGAUACUUUAAACAGGUUUCCAUCACAUUUUGUGUACAGACUCACACAGUGAAAUUUAAUUGU